AUCAUGGUUUCGCCUUGUGCACCUAAUGAGAAAUCAUAUAAAAUAACCAAUCGUGCUAAUGAGUACUUUGAAAAAGGACUUUAUUCAGAUGCUAUUGCAGAAUACACAAAGGCACUUAAGCUUUGCAAGCUAUUUACAACUCAAUGAGUAUGAAAAUGCCAAAGAAGACGCAUCUCGAGCAAUGGCAAUUGCUCGGCAUUGGGCAAAAGUAUUUAAAGUACGGACAAGUACUCUUAAAACUAUCAAAAUAUGAUGAAGCCAUCGAAUACUUUAGACAAGCGUCCACUUUAGAUCCUGAAAAUAGCAAGAAUAUAUCGCUGUUUAUUACAAAAGCCCUGAUUGAUAAAGAUAAUGAUGCAAUGGGUAUCAAGAUACUCCAAUUGGUUACAGGAAAAGACAUUGCAGUAGAUAAAAAUAUGCUGAAUCCUAUUCAAAAUAAAUUAUAUGAAUUUGCUUCACACAUGAAGAACAUCAUUCAUGUCAUUGUAGAUAUUAAAUCAAAACAAUGUAUUCUUGUAGACCCUUGCUGGGAUAUAGAUGGUAUCUUGAAGUAUGUCCAUGAUCAAGGCUACACUAUCGUUGCUACCGUUGUUACUCAUUAUCACUUUGACCAUGUUGGUGGAUCUCCACCUGCCCCAUAUGAUGCAUUUUUACCCAUUAAAAUCUCGGGCCUAUCUCACCUGUUGAAGAAACUGCCUCAUAUUAAGGCAUAUAUUCAUCCUCUUGAUAUUCCUUACAUCCACGGUAUACAAAUGAAUCGACUUGUUCCUACCUGUACUACAGCCAUUACGUCUGAACUAAAGGUCGGACACAUCCAUAUUCGUUUUCUUCAUACACCUGGUCACACUCCUGGGUCGCAGUCGCUCCUGAUCAAUCAAUCACGCUUGAUGGCCGGUGAUACUUUAUUAUGCUGCGGACACUGCGGUCGAACUGAUUUACCUGGAGGAGAUCGGAAAGCAAUGGAACAUACCUUACGACAUAUCCUUGGAUCCUUGGAUGACCGUAUCGUAGUUUAUCCUGGCCAUGACUACGGUACGACUUGGUCUACUAUUGGUAUCGAAAGAGAAAAUGGUUGUCUAGGAGAUGACUUGGUAGGAUUUGGUAUGCGAUAAGCCACACAAAAAGUCAUAAUGAAACCCUGCACUACGCAAACACCAUUUAGAGGCUAAAAAAAUAAACUAAAAUAUAAAGAGUAUAAAAUAUUUCUUUCUUUUUUUUUUCCUUCUUUUUCAAACUUUAGAGAAAAAAAAUGUCCUCAGCACCAGACGCAACAGAUGAAAAUGUC